CGUUUAUAUGUAUGUAUGUGUAUAUAUAUAUAUAUAUAUAUAUAUAUAUAUAAGGCGGUACAUAAGGGAAAGACACGACGACGACAUGACGACGAGGAUGAGGACAGUUGUUCACGUAAAGGGCGUUUACAGUACGUCCUAGAGGGAGCCAAGUGUAUUCCUAACCAUAGCCGUAGCACGAAAUAUCGACCGAGGAACUGCAUCCCAGCUUGCACGAUACGUCGGUGCGCUCAGGAUGGAUAUCGACACCAACAGGCGUCAGGAGUAACCGUGGCGGACGUCUGCAAGACGACGUACGAAGAAAUAAAGAAGGACAAAAAGCACCGAUACGUGAUCUUUUACAUCAAAGAUGAAAAACAGAUCGACGUGGAAGUCAUUGGACCUCGUGACGCGGCCUACGAUGCUUUCCUCGAAGACUUGCAGAAAGGUGGAAGCGGCGAAUGUCGUUAUGGUCUAUUCGACUUUGAAUAUACCCACCAGUGUCAGGGUACUUCUGAAGCUUCCAAAAAACAGAAACUCUUCUUGAUGUCGUGGUGUCCCGACACGGCCAAAGUUAAGAAGAAGAUGUUGUACUCGAGUUCGUUCGACGCUUUGAAGAAGUCCUUAGUAGGUGUGCAAAAGUAUAUACAGGCGACAGACCUUUCGGAGGCUUCUGAAGAAGCUGUCGAAGAGAAGCUUCGAGCUACCGAUAGGAAUUAGGAAUAAUAAUUCCUAAAGUGUGAGUUCAAAACAAUCACUGCAAUUGAGAGAAAUCAAGCGAUAAAAGAAAAACACAAUCUCCCUUCCCUAAACAAAAACAAAACAAUUAAAAAGAAAAAAAAAAAGAAAAGAAAAAAUAAGUCAACAUCAAGCAGCAGCAGCAGCAGCAGCAGCGGCAGCAGCAGCAGCACUAGUAUCAGUAGCAGCAGCAGCAGCAGCAGCAGUAUCGUCAUCAGCAGCAGCAGCAGCAACAACAACAGCAACAACAACAGCAACAACAACAACAACAACAGUACAGUACAGACGCUCAAAUGUCGUCGAAUGUUUGCGCUAAAGCACGUACUGCUUAUUACGUGUGUUUUUAGUCAUCGUGUGAAAGAGCGUAAAUAUUUAACAUAAACGAGAAUCUAAAAUUCAAAAGGAAAAAAAGAAAAAAAGAAUAAUAUUAAAAAAAUGAAAUAAAAAGAAAAAAAAAAGAAAAAAAAUCUAAAAAAGAACAAAGGAAAAGAAAAAGAAAAAAAAAUUCGCCCUUUUCGUACUACUGCGGACGGUUGUGUGAAUUUCUCUGAUAUGAUAAUAUUAAUAUUAUACUAUUAUUAUAAUAAUAAUUGUAAGGUAAUCGCUGUAAAAGAAUAAGAACAGUUUACAACCAACAGUCAACAACAAGCAGUAAGGAUGGAAGCAUUACAUUUUUGUCACAGGAUGUAUAAUGUUUAAAUUAAAUUCAUUUCAUAAUGAUUUUUUUUUUCCCCCCACGUAAGAUCUUCAAACAUCUUAACUGUUUCCUUUUAUAGAUCUCCUGGAUCAUGGAUAUAUCCAUACAGUUCAAUGCUUGAUAUGAAUUACUUGUUCGUUGACGAAUCAAAAUUGGGAUGAUUAAAUUUAGAAUUAAUAA